UCACUCCAGCCCCGGUGGAAAUGCCGGCUCCCCUGUUGUUCCUGGGCACCGUGGCUCUGCUGUCCGCCGCCUGCGCCGCCCCCCUCAGCCCGUGUGCCGGCCGACCCUGCCUCAACAAUGGCACUUGUCUAACUUUCCAAGGGCAGCCGCCGUCCUACAACUGCUCCUGCAGCCCCGGGUUCGCGGGCCAGCACUGUCAGGAUCGAAUAGAUGAAUGUGCAAGCAAUCCCUGUCACCAUGGCAACUGCAGCAGCCACAUUGAUGGCUAUGUUUGUAUUUGUGAAGAAGGCUAUCAAGGUGAAAACUGUGCCCAGCCUCCACAAAGUACUCCUGCCCCUGUCUGGACAGAGUCUACGCCACUGUCAUGGCAACCUGAGCCAGUCUCAACAUCAAUGUUUCCCAACGCAACCUCGUCCCCGUCCUCAUGGCAAACAACUACGUUGUCCUCUUGGCAGCCAGCAAAGGGGCAUAUUGUUGCAAACCUAACUUGGGACCUCGGAGAGAUCAUCAAUGCUUCAAAUUUUCUCUGCGGGAAUAAAAGCUGCAAUGAAUCAAUUUACAGUCAGCAGUCUUUUCUUGAAAUACCUGAAGAGAGUGCAGUAAGGAUUAAACUGAAUGGGAUAGAUUCAUCUGUUGGAUUUUGGGAAGUGACAGAAGCUGAAUUUCAACAAUGCAAUAUUUCAAGUGGAAAAAUCAUCUCACCAUUGCCCACUGUGGAUGGAUAUGUUCUUCUGGAGGAGAUAAUGUCUAUGGGCAGUAACUACUUUAUUGUCCUUGUGAAUGAUUCGGCUACUAAUACAACAUUAGCCCUGAGGCUGAAUGUGACGGUUAAAGCCAGUAUCUGCGUGGAACAAGAGGGCAAUCAGGAUGGCCUCCAAUGCUCUGGAAGAGGACAGUGUAUCACGAAGCCUUCCGAGGUCACCUUCUUUUGCGAAUGUGAGGAGGGACACAUUGGGCUAUUCUGUGAAGAAUUGGAUGGUUGUCACAACAUCCAGUGCCUGAACAAUGGCACAUGUUUGGACAUUAAGGAGGGAAACAACUUGAAGAACUUCACCUGUGUCUGCCCACCAGGUUACACAGGGGAACAGUGCCAGACUCAGAUUGAUCAUUGUGUCUCUGAGCCCUGUGAAAAUGGAGCUACCUGCAUGAGCAGAGAAACAAACUACAGCUGCCUCUGUCUAGAAGGUUUUACUGGCCCCACAUGUGAUCAGAAGAUUGACCCUUGUGCCUCAUCACCUUGCCAAAACAAUGGGACGUGCUUUGCAGAUGGCACAUCAUAUAGUUGUAACUGCAGCCCGGCCUACACUGGACCAGUUUGUUCUCAGCUGAUCGACUUCUGUGCCCUUAAUCCCUGCUCCCAAGGCACUUGCCACAGCUUUGGGACAAGUUACAAAUGUCUCUGUGACCCAGGUUACCAUGGUCUGUACUGUGAAGAGGAAUAUAAUGAGUGUCUUUCAGCUCCUUGUCAGAACUCAGGCACCUGCAGAGAUUUGGUGAAUGGUUAUGAAUGCCUGUGUCCUGCUGAGUAUGAAGGUAUCCACUGCGACCUGCACAGGGAUCCUUGCGCCAAUGUCAGCUGUCUGAACGGAGGCACUUGUGUCAACAAGGAACUAAAUACAACCUGCAUUUGUGCACCUGGAUUUUCAGGUGAGGUAUGUGAGGCCAAUGAAAAUGAGUGUGAGAGCAAUCCUUGCCAUAACGAAGGAACCUGUGUGGAUGAAGUAAAUGGUUACACUUGUCACUGCCCACAUGGCUGGGUUGGCAUUAACUGCGAUGUCCACCUGGAAUGGAAAUCUGAUCAGAUGGCAGAGAGCCUGAAUACAAUGCCUCGUCACUCCCUCUACAUUAUCAUCGGAGCCCUCUGUGUGGCCUUUGUUCUGAUGCUGAUUAUUUUAAUUGUGGGCAUCUGUCGUAUCAGCCGCAUUGAGUACCAGGGCUCUUCCAGACCAUCUUACGAGGAGUUCUACAACUGCAGGAGCAUUGACAGCGAAUUCAGCAAUGCAAUAGCUUCAAUCCGACAUGCCAGGUUUGGUAAGAAGGCCAGGCCAGCGAUGUAUGAUGCAACCACUGUGGCCUAUGAAGAUUACAGUCCUGAUGAUAAACCACUGGUCACUUUAAUCAAAACAAAAGAUUUGUAAAGCACAGCUCGUCUUUUAUGGGUAUAAAAAGGGAAGAAAAAGUACUAACACAGACUGAUUCGCACACAAAAAUACAUACAAAAACACGCACACAUUCUCUCUCUCUCACACACACACACGCACGCACGCACACGCACAUGCACACACACUGGCUAAAUAUUUUUAAGACAGAAACAGCUGAAAUAUUUAAGAGAUUUGCUUA